UUCCUCAUUUUUGUUGUCCUUGUCCUUUGUUUUUUUCCGAUCCCCACCCACACGUAGACCGCAGUAUAUUCAUUCAAUCAAUCCUCUCUCUCUCUCUCUCUCCUCAUAGCGCUCCUUGCUUUUCCACAGCACACAGCAAAAAUCAAAAUCAAUUUGCUUUCUUUUCAAAGAGUCCCUCUUUUCUCUAUUCCUCUGUCAAACAAACCAAACAGAUUAUAUACAGAUAAUAUAUAGAGAUACACCAGUUUCUCGUUUGUACUUAUCGGUUCGUACAUUGAUUGUUUUUAUUGAUCAAUGGGGAUCGGUGACUUUACUUGUAAAUUAGGGUUUCCAUUUGUUAUGGUUAUUUGAAGAUUAUUAGCUGGCGUUUGUAUUUGAUCGAAGGAUGUAGCUGAAUUAGUGUGUUACUUGGUCCGUAAUUUCUAGGAAUUGGGUUUCUGAUUGAAAUUGGAUUGGUUUAACCAUAGGUUUUGAUCUUUAAAGGUGGUCACUUUUUUCUGGAGAUUAAUUAUCUGUUUGGAAUCAUGGGAAAUUUCUUUGUUUUCUAAAUUUACUGAGGUAAAAAAAAGUUGAUUACCGCUGUAAAAGUCUUGUUCUUGGUAAUUUCAGAUUGAAAUUUGUAUUUUUAACUAUAGAUUCUGAUCCUUAAAGGUGCUUACUUUUCUGGGGAUUAAUUACCUUUUUGGAUUUUGGGUUUUUUUGGGACUUUUUAAAUCUAUUGAGGUUCAAUCUGAGUAAAACAGCGGGUAAUCUCUGUAAAAGUUUUGUUCUUGGUAAUUGGGAAAGAGGUUGAUUGGAUCACCAUGGAUCAUGUUGUGGGUGGGAAGUUUAAGCUGGGAAGGAAGAUUGGAAGUGGGUCUUUUGGUGAACUUUAUUUAGGUGUGAAUAUACAGAAUGGAGAGGAAGUUGCUAUUAAGCUGGAAUCAGUCAAGACAAGGCACCCUCAACUACACUAUGAGUCAAAAAUUUAUAUGCUUCUCCAAGGAGGAACCGGGAUUCCUAAUCUCAAAUGGUUUGGAGUUGAGGGAGAGUACAAUAUAAUGGUCAUUGACCUUCUUGGACCAAGUUUGGAAGACCUCUUCAACUAUUGCAACAGGAAGUUUACUCUGAAAACAGUGCUUAUGCUAGCAGAUCAACUCAUUAAUAGAGUUGAAUACAUGCACUCUAGAGGAUUUCUUCACCGUGACAUAAAGCCAGACAACUUUUUAAUGGGCUUAGGUCGCAAGGCAAACCAGGUUUACGCCAUUGACUUUGGGCUUGCCAAAAAGUAUAGGGAUCUCCAGACUCACAAGCAUAUACCAUACAGGGAAAACAAGAAUCUGACAGGAACAGCUCGGUAUGCCAGCGUCAACACACAUCUCGGAGUUGAGCAAAGCAGAAGAGAUGAUUUGGAAUCUCUUGGUUAUGUGCUUAUGUAUUUUCUUAGAGGAAGCCUUCCAUGGCAGGGACUGAAAGCUGGUACCAAGAAGCAGAAAUAUGAUAAAAUCAGUGAGAAAAAGAUGUUAACACCAAUAGAGGUGCUGUGCAAAUCAUAUCCAUCUGAAUUCAUAUCAUACUUCCACUACUGCCGAUCAUUAAGAUUUGAGGAUAAACCUGACUAUUCAUAUUUGAAGAGGCUUUUUAGAGACUUGUUUAUUCGUGAAGGUUAUCAAUUUGACUAUGUAUUUGAUUGGACAAUUUUGAAGUAUCCUCAGAUCGGUGCCAGUUCAAGAGGACGAAUUCCUAGUGGGAACGCCGGACUAAAUGCUGGGCCAUCUGCUGAAAGACCAGGAAGGACGUCAGUGGGGCAAGAUAUUCGAGACAAGUUUUCUGGCGCUGUUGAAGCAUUUUCCAGAAGGAAUACUUCUGCGGCUGGUAGGCACGGGGAAUACUCCAGACAUCGGACUUCAGAGGAUGUACCUUCAUCUAAAGACGUGCAAGCUGAUUCAGAAAGAGGCCGUACCUCGAGAAAUGGCAGCUCUUCAAGAAGGGCCGUCAUUUCAAGCAGCAGACCGACCUCUUCUGGUGAACCCACAGAUAGUCGCUCAAGCAGAUUAGUGUCGAGCACUGGCCGUCUAUCUACCACACAGAGAAUUCAGCAGGGAAUCGAACCAAAGCCAUCAUCAUUCUCCCGAACAUCAGUCACAAAGGGUACCCAUGAUAACCCUCUUCGGAGCUUUGAGUUUCUUUCUAUCAGAAAGUAAGGGGAUGCACUUGUAAACAGAAAAUUUCCUGAUUGUUUGAACAUGCAAUCCUAUUUAAGGAUGUCUCAAGUGCUGUAAAUUGGAAAUGUUUUACCUUCUAUGUGACAAUUGAAGCUGAUCCAACUUCUCAUAUUCCUUGUUUUUGUUCUUAAUAGAGUUCCUGGCGACCCAUAGCUCAUUUAGACUCAUCCAAAGAAAUGUUGGGUCAAGUGCAAGAGUUUUAUAUAUAUGCGUGGGACGGGUAGCUUGAUAAAUAUUGUUGUACGAAUUGAUGUAACUUUUACCUUAUUCCUUAUUCGAAUGUUUAGUGGAGGAAUUCUUUUC